AUGGUGCUCUCGUUCAUUCUGAUCCAGAAUCGACAGGGCAAGACAAGACUGGCCAAGUGGUAUGCGCCGUACAGCGAUGAAGAGAAGGUCAAGCUGAAAGGCGAGGUGCACCGCCUCAUAGCGCCGCGCGACCAGAAGCACCAGUCCAACUUUGUCGAGUUCCGCAACAUGUCCAAGAUUGUCUACCGCCGGUACGCCGGGCUGUUCUUCUGCGCCUGCGUCGACACCAACGACAACGAGCUGGCGUAUCUCGAGGCGAUCCACUUCUUCGUCGAAGUGCUGGAUGCAUUCUUUGGGAAUGUGUGCGAGCUGGACUUGGUAUUCAACUUUUACAAGGUGUACGCUAUUCUGGACGAAGUGUUUCUGGCGGGCGAGAUUGAGGAGACCAACAAGCAGGUCGUGUUGACAAGGUUGGCGCACUUGGAUAAGCUGGAGUGA